UAGCCUUUCCAUUAAGUUGUUUAGUCUCGCGCUAAACGUAUGCGAUUGCAAAUAUUCGUAUGUUAUUAUUUGAAAGAACUUUAAAAAAUAUCCUCGAAAACGAGAACGCAUUGAAACUUUUCUGUGAUAACAAACGAAGCUGUGCAGAGUUCCUAUUCUCAUACCGUUAGCUACAUAUAUAUGUAUCAUUGGUGCUUCAGCGAAAAGAUAAAGUGUAAAUCUGUGUUUAUCGAAGUUUUACAGUCUUAUUAUCAAAGUGAAUAUUUUAAAAGCCUUCAACGUGUAUAAGUGAAGAAAUUUUCGUCAUCCCUUGCCGAAAUUAGUUUGAAGACAACUCGAUUUUGAUGUUGUCUCAUCGUUCUGAGGAACAAAAAAAUUCCACCGCAGAUUACGCCAUUCUGAAAUCCGUUAGUCCCCAAAUCAAAGACAGGGUGUGACCGAAGUUUGUCUUCCCACAGUUGAGAAUACAGUUGGCAGUUGUGCCUCUAUAAUCGUUAGCUACUUCAGCAAAUUUAAGCUAAUUGCCCAUACGCACAUACACACACACCAGCCAUGUCAGAUGAAAAGAAAAAUGGCGAUGUCAACAAAAACCUACCAACAGCUGAUGGCGACGAAAUUGAUGAGUCCGAAGCGAAUGAUCCAUUUCAGAAGAUCAUGGAAAGCGCCGGAAACCAUGGGCGCUUUCAAUUGAUUUACAACAUGAUAUUCGUGUUGGCUUUUGCCUCCGCUGGAGCGAUGGUAUUUAUGAAUAUCAUAUUGGCGCUCGAUAUUCCGGAACACUGGUGCACCGUGCCGGGCCAAGAACUAACCAACUACACGCUGGAUGAGUGGCGACGUCUUACACUGCCAACGCAGAAGGAUAAUCGCGGUACCAGCACACACAGUAGCUGUGAAAUGUAUAAUGCAAAUUUUACGGAAAUCAUCGAUUGGCGGCAUUGGAAUAAAACCAAGUCAAAUGUAACAGCUUGCCAGAAUGGCUGGAGUUAUGAUCGAACGUGGUACGAUGACACCAUCCCGAGCAAGGAGAACUGGGUUUGCUCCAGAAGUUUGUAUGUAACGAACGCAUUUGUUGUGGGACGCGUGGCAGAAGGUGUCGGAUCAUUUGUGCUGGGACAAAUGGGUGACGUUUAUGGACGUCGCUUUGUUUACUACAUCAGCAUUGCGUUCUGUGCGCUGGGACGGUCAUUCUCCAUAUUAACAACCAACUUAUAUUGGGUGUUCCUAUUCUGCACGGGAUUAACUGGAUUCGCGGUGAAUAGUUUGUUUCAAUCGCCACAGAUUAUUGGCAUGGAAAUAUCAAGAGAGCAGGACCGUAGCGCUAUUGCGAUUUACCAGAGCAUUGGGUGGUCAAUUGGAACAACAUUUAUGCCGUUGCUUUUUUGGUGGCUACGUGAUUGGGCUGCCUUUAUGUGGAUCACAACGAUACCGACGGCACUAGUUUUAAUUUUCUACAAAUACAUCAUUGAGUCGCCACGUUGGUUGAUUAGCAAACAACGUUACGGUGAAGCGAUCACGCAAUUUAAGAAAAUUGCAAAAAUUAAUGGCCGCCAAUUCGACCUGACCGAGAAGGAGCUGGUACAGAUAUAUGCCAAUAGAGAAGAGGAAGAGGUGACAUACGGUAUGGCGUCUCUUUUCAGCGGUUGGCAUCUGACACGGAAUACCGCCAUAAUGGGCUUCAGUUGGUGUGUAGUGGCGGUGUCUUACUUUACUCUCCUUUUGUUCAGUACACGUAUGGGCGGCAAUCCGUUCCUGAAUUUUCUUCUACAAAGCGUGGUCGAAAUACCCGCCUACAUAGUGGGCAGAUAUUUGGGUGAUACAUAUGGUAGGCGUUUUACAAACAGCAUGUCUUUCCUUGUGUCGUUUUGCGCUUCUGUACCGUUAAUUUUAUUGGCCGCAGAUAUCAAAUAUGAGAAGGUCAUUGUAUAUCUGGCUACCUUCAUCAAGUUUCUAAACGCACUCACCUUCUUCACAGUCAAUCUGCAAAGUAUGGAAAUCUACCCCACCUGCAUGCGGCAGACGGGCAUCGCGCUGGGGGCGAUUCUAGCGAAUGCUGUCGGUAUUAUUGCACCCUACCUCGUUUAUUUGGGCACUACUAUCAACAUUCGUGCGCCAUACUAUAUUCUUGCCACAUUGUUCCUUGUCGGAGGAAUGGCAGCAUUAUUCCUGCCUGAGACGCUACAUAAAAAAUUGCCCGACACAUUGGAAGAGGCGAGACAUUUCGGAAAACACGAUAAAUUCUUUAGCUUACCUAAGGCGCCUCCAAAAGUAGAAAAGCCCCAGCCUGGCGAAGAUGUGCAUCUCAAUCAAACAAAGUUUGCUCCUUAAAUCUCAUUAAGCGGUUAUUAGACUGUUAAAUAUUAGUAUUUCACACUAAUUAUCUGUGUUAUUGUUGGUUUUUUGCAAACAAAUUAUUAUUUAACUAUAUUAUAAAUAUACUAGCGGAUGAAAAAAUUUAA